AUGGUCGCCAUCGCUAGAAUCGCACCUCGAGUCGCUUCUGCUCCUCUCAAAGCCAGAGCUUUCGCCGUCAUGUCCACCAGAGGCAAACACACUUUGCCAGAGCUCCCCUACGCUUACGAUGCUCUUGAGCCAUCAAUCUCAUCUGAGAUUAUGACCCUCCAUCACACCAAGCACCAUCAAACUUACGUCAACGGUCUUAACGCUGCCGAGGAAUCGCUCCAAAAACUCCAAGCCAACAACGAUAUCAAAGCCGCCAUCGCUUUGCAACCUGCCUUAAAAUUCAACGGUGGUGGUCACAUCAACCACUCGCUCUUCUGGAAGAUCCUUGCUCCGCAUGGUUCCGCUCAAACCAAAUUCCCUUCCUCUGGUGCUUUGUACGACCAAGUUCAAGCUGACUUUGGGGGAUUCGAGAACCUAAAGAAGGAAGUCAACGCCAAGACCGCCGCCGUCCAAGGUUCUGGCUGGGGAUGGUUGGGAUUCAACAAGGGUACCAAGAAGUUGGAAGUAGUCACUACCGCCAACCAAGACCCUCUUUUAUCUCACGUCCCCAUCAUUGGUAUUGACAUUUGGGAACAUGCCUUCUACCUUCAAUACAAGAAUGUCAAGCCUGAUUACCUUAACGCCAUCUGGGAGGUCAUCAACUUCGAAGAAGCUGAGAAACGACUCAAGGAGGCUUUGUAA